AUGCGCAACACUCAUGUAAACUUCCUCCCCAACCCCCAAUGCUAUGCAGGCGGAAUCCCGGCGUCUCUAGGACAGCUCAGCGAGCUGCAACAGCUUAUUCUCUGGAAAAAUCGGCUCAGCGGAACUAUACCCGAGACGCUGGGGAACCUCUCAGCUCUAGUGUCCCUGCGGCUUAGCGACAACAGCCUGGAAGGGCCAAUACCAAAGGAGCUGGGGAACCUCACUCAGCUGAAGAACCUUAUAUUGCACAACAACAACCUCACCGCUCUCUGGGACCACACACAAAACGUUCAAGAUGUCAACCACGACGGAGGUGACAGCAUGUCAGGUGGACCAAUGCCCAGCCAGUUGUGCCGGCUGCUUGACCUCCUCGAAAGUCGUGAAGCGGGGCGUCAUCUCAGCCUCAAUUCUAACCCAUGGGCUGAGCCACCCGAGUCGAUCGUGGCCAAAGGUCUGAAGAGUGUCAGAGGGUAUUUCGAAGACCUGUUUGCUGAUCACUGCCGGAUCAAGCGGCGCGGCGUCAAGGUUGUUCUUGUCGGGCAGGAAGGAGCGGGGAAAACGAGCUUGCGCCAAAGCAUGAAGGCCAAUAAAGCAACUCCCACGGGCGAGUGGAAGGAGGAGAGCACGGUGUUUGCAGACGUGGAGCCCAUGAAGCUGGAAGGCUCAUCUGUACGGGUGUACGACUGCGCUGGACAGGUUGCCUACACGGGGCUGCUGCAGAUGUUCUUGACGCCACGGUCGGUGUGCGUGCUUGUGUGCAACGCGGGGGAGUUCCGACAGCAGCUAGGUAGCGACAACAUUGACCAGGUUGAAGAAGACUGCCGCAAGCUGGAAGGAUUGCGCGUAUGCGAUUGGCUGCGGUCAAUAUCUUGUCGCGUUCCUGGCAACGACGUCAUUCUCGUCGCUACCAAGUGUGACUUGGUGAACGGGAACGUUGAGGAAACUGGCCAAAGAAUAGAGCAUGCCUGUCGGACUUGGCUUUCGAGCUGGGUUCGCAAUGGUAUGGACUCCGUUCGGCUGGAGCGACACGUUUCCCUCACGAGUUGCUUCCCGAUAGGAGCUAGUGAGCAUGGCGAGAGUAGGCGUGGGAAUCAUGCGUUGAAGCAGGGCUGGGCGUGCGACUGGCGAGAUGUGGAAGGAGAUAUGUCCUCGCCAAGUUUGCUUUACCGGCUCGUCAACAAGCCUGACCAAGGUGGGCUCCGAGGCGUCCAGAUGGUGCUUCCUCGCAGCUGGGAUGUCGCCCUCACUUUCCUGGAUUCUCUCGAGUAUGGACGACAUCCGGUGGAGAUGGUCAUGCUCAAGUCCCCCGACAGUGACAGCGGAGCAACGGAAACAGCAGGAGGCACGACAACCGUGUACCAGGGGAUCACGGUUGAGGAACUCAGCGCCAGAUGGCAGGGAACAGUUGAUGAGCUUGGGAGGAGAGGGAUCACGGUCACAAACGCCGAGAAUGCUUUGGAAGGAGCUCUCUCGAUCAGGGAGUUCGACGGAUCCCUCGUUUGCCACGAGAAAUUCGUUUUUCUGGAUGUCGUUUGGCUGGCGAGAAUCCUCAAGCCCUUACUCAACCACAAGGACCAAGAGAUGUUUGACGGCCGUGUGAACCUUGGGGACACGGGCGACACGCGUAUCACACUCGACGAUCCUUCAGACAUCGCUUCGUGGGACAGGCUCAAGAACGAGGGCGUGCUUGAACCCAGGUUGGCGGAUGCCAUCUGGCCGGAUGGCCUGUCCGAGUAUGUGCUGCCGACUCUCGCAUCCUUAGGUCUCAUUUUCCCACUCGAAAACGAUCCUGCUGAGGGCCUGGUAGUUCUGUUGAGGCUAAAGCCGCACCGCCCCGAGAGUGUGGGCGAAGUGAUCGAUACCUUCUGCUCGGGGCUCACCCCGGCAUUCCGCGCAAGUUGGAAGGUCUUCCUCGGUGUACCACCUGGUGCGGUCGAAAAGGUGUUGACACGGUGCUGCGCUCUUGGGGGUGUGCAAACAUUCUGGCGAUAUGGGGUGCUUGUGCAUGGCGGCCUCGGCGUCCAAGAUGAGCGCAGGACAUUUGCCGUGGUCGUGGAAUACUCGUCUACCGACAAUGAGCUUGUUGCUCAAGUUUUCGGCGAUAUCAGCAGGCCAGGGCCGUGGAUGGCGAUGUCAUACGUCAUGUCUGCAGUGAGCUUGAUGCUUGUGGAUUUUCCAGGACUGCGCUGGAAAGGCUCUCUGAAGUGUCCUCAGCAUGGUGACGGAAUGCUUUUUGUUAACAAGGUCAGUCCUCCACACGCAUAUCGUCUGUGGACCAGUGAAUGUCCGAGCAGCUUACACUUCUAGGCGCUCGAAUCGCGCGGUUCUGGGAACAGUCGACCCCGUGUGGGAAUUGUCGUGGUCUAUUUCGUCGAAUCGAUAAUGGCAUAUCGUGUUCAUGUUCCAGUAUCGUACACAUGUGUGAAUACAGUGGGAGGACAUUUGCUUCUCCUUAACGAUGUUGCCAUGGGAAUCCCAUUAGGUGUGACGGUCUCGAGAAUUGGGAGCAGAUCAGCUAGUGCCAACGUACCGCGAGACCUGAACUGGUGUCAAAUCGCACGGGUUCUGUAUUGCCAGGCUCUUGCUCUGCUGGUGGUGUUGUAGCGGGAAUCUUUGCUACCUGAAUGACUUCGGAAACGUGAUGCAUCCAAGAAGCACGUGACUGCGUAAGAAUGACUCUAAAUUUCACCGUUUACUGUUNUGAGAAUACCCUUUCUCUGUUACGAGUAAGGUCCCUGAAGUGGUGAAUAACCGUUCACCAACGGAGGUAUUUCGCUCUUAUUGAGAUGUGGCGAGGAUGUGCCAAGCGUGGCCGAAGUGGUUCGGCCGUGCUAAAAAGGUGAAAGUGAGAGAGUGAGCCUUGGUGGGCCCUUUCAUCCUCCGUCUGGUCACAGCAGGCGGAGGUUCUUUCUCUGUAAACAUCUGCAGACCUGUAGAACUGUGUUCGCAGGGUCUCCGAUCUUCACUGGUUGUAUGUGCGUCAGUACCGUUAGGAAGAUACCUAUAUCCAGGUUUCCACAUUGCCCCCCUUUUUGUUCGCCGAAAAUCCAUCUUUAUUGAAAAAUGGUUUUCGGCGCUCAUUCUAAGGUGAAUGAGGGAAUGCCAGUGGAAUUGGGUUAGGUUAUUCCUUAUGGUAUGACACAGCUCGUGAAUAUGAUUGUCUCCCCCUCCUCAUCGCUGCCGUGUUGAGUAAACACGCGUUACGUUACAACGAGGGGACCCGCACAUACCCGAGAACAUACUUGAUAGGUUGUUCUGGAGUCACUCUGUUUGUGGAGUAACUCGACUUCACCUCAUUUGGUGAUUGCCCCCGUGUCUCCUAUCGUUCACGAGCAGAGAUUGUCUUUUAAGACCUUCAAGUCCCUUGUGUGCCAAGGUUUUGGACUUGUUGCGGUGUUUGGUUCGUUUUGACCAACCGCUUGGGUAUUGCAAUGUUUUUGCUGGACGAGUAUCCUGUUUUCAGGAGGCGUACGGUGUAUAUAACAGUCAAACUGUUUUCUUUUCACGACUCAUCGUCAAAACUAUUUGGUUGUGACCCCAAACAGCUUCUAGAAAUCAUGUGACUUGACUUUCCUCGCCAGCGAUUGGCCCAAACAACCGCUGGUAUAGCUCGCACUUUUGUGGUUGCUAUCCUUUUCACCGUUUUUUAUGUAUUUGAGAUACAUAUUUCUUAUUCGCCUUUCGUCCUCUUUUGCUUUUCCGCCGAGUAUUUGUGUUUGCGCUUUCCUUGCAAUCAGUCGACUUCGUUCGCAACUGUUGUUUGGCGCGUUUACACGUACUCCGUUCUUGGCUGUCGUCCUUGGUGCGUUUCCUUUUGAGGGUGUGCACUUCAGUUGACUUGUUACCAGCCAGAUCGAUGCUCAGACCAUUUUUGGCUCUGUAGGCGGAAAUCAUUUCAUGACAUUGUGGUACCUCGUCUGCUCGGUAUAUUAAGUCCGACUCUGGGCCGUAACCUUGUAACCGCAGGCGAUAUUUGUAGUUGUGUUGGCUUUUUCGGCCCGGACCUGUUUUGUGGCCCACCACUUUGUCAACGACGUAUCUCUCAAUUCUUGGUUGAUUAACGUCGGUUUCUUUCAGCGACGGCAACGGAAUUUGUUUCCCUAAGAAAAAUUCAGCCAGUUUUUCGAACUGUGGUGCUGGAGGUUUCUGCCGUGCAUGAUAUUGCUUCAA